AUGUCCACCGUCACCGCCAACGUGCCUAUCGUCGGCAAGCCCGCCGUUCCAGAGAAGAAACCCGUCAAGUUCUCGAACUUGCUCUUGGGUGCUGGUUUGAACUUAUUCGAGGUUACGACCUUGGGUCAACCGUUAGAAGUUACGAAAACUACUAUGGCCGCUAAUAGAGGGGAUACUUUUGCGACGGCGCUGACUAGAAUUUGGGGGAGAGGUGGUGUUUUUGGAUUCUACCAAGGACUUAUUCCCUGGGCCUGGAUUGAAGCCUCGACCAAAGGUGCUGUCCUCCUCUUCGUUGCCUCGGAAGCCGAAUGGUACGCCCGCUCCUUUGGAGCCGGCGAUUUCACCGCCGGUAUUAGUGGAGGAGUCAUGGGUGGUGUUGCCCAAGCAUACGCUACCAUGGGAUUCUGCACCUGCAUGAAGACGGUCGAAAUCACCAAGACCAACAUGGCGAAAUCUGGUGUCAAGCCCGAUGGCACCAUGACGACCUUCAUGAACAUCUACCGCAAAGAAGGUAUUAAGGGAAUCAACAAAGGUGUCAACGCCGUGGCCAUCCGUCAAAUGACGAAUUGGGGAAGUCGUUUUGGAUUGAGUCGAUUGGCGGAAAGUGGUAUUCGAAAGGCGACUGGAAAGGCCGAGAAUGGAAAGUUGAAUGCGUGGGAGAAGAUUUUGGCAAGUGCAUUGGGUGGUGGGUUGUCGGCUUGGAAUCAACCGAUUGAGGUGAUUCGUGUCGAGAUGCAGAGUAAGACGGUGGAUCCUAAUCGUCCAGCUAAGAUGACGGUUGGCAAUACCUUUAGGUAUAUCUAUGGACAGAAUGGGGUUUCGGGUUUGUAUCGUGGCGUUGUUCCUAGAAUUGGUUUGGGCGUUUGGCAAACGAUUUGCAUGGUUGCGAUGGGUGAUAUGGCAAAAGCUUACGUCGAGAAAUUGACGGGUGAAACGGUCACCGCUAAGCAUUGA